AUGCAGCGUCACGAAUUCGUCUCAUCGCCAGAUGAAUCGAAGAGGUUUGCACCUUGGCUUCGUCGAUGGCCGCUUGCUGCAAGAGCCAAGAGUCUGCUUUACGAGUUUUUCGUCCAGGUGGCGGUGUCAGAAGCUCGAUCAAAGCAUGAAGCGGAGGCUGGAAGAAAAGAUAGCCCUGGUUGCCGAACGAGGAGGAAAGAGCGACUCCUGCAAGAUCUGGAUAUUCGAGGCAAAGUUGAAUCGCUUUCAAAAAGCCUUGCCUUGGUACUUACAAUGGAACCUGGCAAAUUGUUGAGGACCCAGCCGAAGGCAGCAAGAGCAGUGGCAGCCCAAGCCGGACAAGGCAAGAUGAACAGGGAGUCGGACUUGGCCACCUGGUAG